UACGACUGCGUGGGUGGCUCGCCUAUAAAAGCCCGUCUUGCAGCGUCUCACCGCCACAGUCUCUUCCUGUUCUUGGUGCGUCUGUUGUGGCUUCUAGCUGGGACCGCAGGGGCCGUGAAGAUGGCGUCUACCAGCCGCUUGGAUGCUCUUCCAAGAGUUACGUGUCCAAACCAUCCAGAUGCGAUUUUAGUGGAGGACUACAGAGCUGGUGAUAUGAUCUGUCCCGAAUGUGGCCUCGUUGUAGGUGACCGGGUUAUUGAUGUGGGGUCUGAAUGGAGAACUUUCAGCAAUGAUAAAGCAACAAAAGAUCCUUCCCGAGUUGGAGACUCUCAGAAUCCUCUUCUGAGCGAUGGAGAUUUGUCUACCAUGAUUGGCAAGGGUACAGGAGCUGCAAGUUUUGAUGAAUUUGGCAAUUCUAAGUACCAAAAUCGGAGAACCAUGAGUAGUUCUGAUCGGGCAAUGAUGAAUGCUUUCAAAGAAAUCACUACUAUGGCAGACAGAAUCAACCUCCCUCGAAAUAUAGUUGAUCGAACAAAUAAUUUAUUCAAGCAAGUGUAUGAACAGAAGAGCCUAAAGGGCAGAGCUAAUGAUGCCAUAGCUUCCGCUUGUCUCUAUAUCGCCUGUAGACAAGAAGGGGUUCCUAGGACAUUUAAAGAAAUAUGUGCUGUGUCACGAAUUUCUAAGAAAGAAAUUGGUAGAUGUUUCAAACUUAUUUUGAAGGCUUUAGAAACCAGUGUGGAUUUGAUUACGACCGGGGACUUCAUGUCCAGGUUUUGUUCCAACCUUUGUCUCCCUAAACAAGUGCAGAUGGCAGCUACACAUAUAGCCCGUAAAGCUGUGGAACUGGACUUGGUUCCUGGAAGGAGCCCCAUCUCUGUGGCUGCGGCAGCCAUUUACAUGGCUUCACAGGCAUCAGCUGAGAAGAGGACCCAAAAAGAAAUUGGAGAUAUAGCUGGUGUUGCUGAUGUUACAAUCAGACAGUCCUACAGGCUGAUCUAUCCUCGAGCCCCAGAUCUGUUUCCUACAGACUUCAAAUUUGACACCCCUGUGGACAAACUACCACAGCUGUAAAUUGAGGCAGCUAAUGUCAAACUCUUCUGAACACUGAACUUGGCCUGUUGUACAUAGCCUAUACCAAGUGCUGGAUUGAGCCUCUCUUUAAGGAAAAACAAAAGACAUGGUACGCAUUCCAGGGCUAACUAAUUGCUUGGCAUUCUGUAUGUAUAUACUAGUGAAACAUAUUUAAUGGUUUAAAUUUCUUAUUGAAUUUGCUUUCUUUUGUAGCAAUCUAGGAAACUGUAUUUUGGAAGAUAUUUGAAAUUAUGUAAUUCUUGAAUAAAAUGUUUUUGAAAACUAAA